CCUCCCUCACUCCCACCGUACAAACUCGCCGCGUCAUUCCCUUCCAUUCCACAGCGCGCGCACGGCUUCCCUCUUCUUCGUCUGAAGCUCAGCUCGGUUCUUGCGAGUUGCGACCAACCAUGGAGGCCACCGGGCGACAGCAGCCACCGGGCUUCUUCGCCUUCCUGGGGCAUGGCGCCCUCCUCCCGGCGCGGAACCGGGGCCUCUUCCUGCCGCUCCUCGUCCUCACCGCGGCCCUCGCCGCGGCGCUCCUCCUCAGCAACUCCCUCGCCGUGCAGCCCCUCGCCGCAGCCGUGCUCCUCGACGCGGACGCCAUCAGCCGCGCUGACCCGGCCAGCGCUGUGUACCGGGAGCUCAUCCGUAGCCUCCAGGGAGACGUCCGGCGGCUCCUGCUCACCGUCGGCUCGUGCCUCCUCGCCGCCGUCGUCGCGGGGUCCGCGAUCAAGAUCGCCACCGUCUUUGCCGCCGUCGCCGCGUUCUCCGGAGCCGAGCGGCGGGCCACGGUGGCCACGGCGUUGGGAACGGCCAAGGGGAACAUCUGGGGCCCCGUGCUGACCAUCGCCUUCGGGUACGUCCUCGAGCUCGCCUGCGCCGGAGCCAUCCUCGCCAUGGCGCUGCUCAUGGUAAUCCUCCUUGAUUACUCCCUCCUUCUGCUCUUCCUCGACGCGCUGCUCGUGUUCCUGGCCUCGCUCUUCCUCGUCUACCUCACCGUCGUCUGCGCGGUGGCCGUGGUCGUCUCAGCAGCGGAGCCUGGGCGGCGCGGCGCCGGCGCGGUGUCCCGCGCGUGGCGGCUCAUGCGGGGCAGGGGCGCGCAGGCCGCGCUCUACGUGGUCGCCACGUGCGCGCUCGGCGCCGCGGUCUCGCCCGUGUACACGCUCGCGCUGCGGUGGUGGCCGCGCAGCGCAGCGAGCGGGGUGGCCGCCGGCGUCGCCUACGUGCUGCUGCUGGGCGCCGUGGAGGUGUUCUCCGUGGCCGCCGUCACGGCAUACUACUUCGAGUGCAGGGAGAGCAAGCAGGAAGAGGAGGAGAUAAUGGCUGGCCAUCGGUACACCAAGCUGCCCAAUGGAGACGAAGCAAACAUCUGAUCAAAUCUUUUUUUCUUCUUCUUUUCCAUUUUUCUUUCUUUGGAUGACUUGUAUUUGAUACUAGUGUUGAUUUUUUUUUUAUUGUUGCAAGAAACAAUAGCAUAGCAUGUAAAUUGACAAUUUCCAAAGUCAUUUAGAUAUAACAAAAGAUGGAAGACGAGAGUUCAAUGGAGCUGUCA